CCAUCGGGGACAGCAGGUGAGAGGCCAGUGCCAGAGGCGCCUGGGAGCAGCCCUGCGGGGGGCCUCGGUGGGCAGUGAGGGGGAGGAAGAAGCCGAGGAGAGAAGGGGGCCCCGUGGAACCCCCGGGCUGCCUGCACCGCCUGACCUGCCGCUGAGGUGGGGCUGGGGGCUGGCCCUCUCUGGCCUCCGUGAGCCCACCCCUGGCCAUCAUCGGGGCAUGUCUGUCCCCUGGCCAUUUAACCCCAGCCGGACCGAGGGAAUGGUGGCCUGCCGGGCGGAGGCUCUCCUCUGGGUGGGCGGCAGCGUGGCUGUGUCCUCGCAGUGGCAGCUUGGCCCACUAGUGGAGCGAUGUAUGAGUGCCAUGCAGGCGGGGACGCAGAUGGUGAAGCUCCGUGGCGGCUCCAAGGGCCUGGCCCGCUUCUACUUCCUGGACGAACAUCGCUCCUGCAUCCGCUGGCGGCCCUCACGCAAGAACGAGAAGGCCAAGAUCUCCAUCGACUCCAUCCAGGAGGUGAGCGAGGGGCGGCAGUCAGAGGUCUUCCAGCGCUUCCCCGAUAGCAGCUUCGACCCCAGCUGCUGCUUCAGCAUCUACCACGGCAGCCACCGAGAGUCGCUGGACCUGGUCUCGCCCAGCGGCGACGAGGCGCGCACCUGGGUCACCGGCCUGCGCUACCUCAUGGCUGGCAUCCGUGACGAGGACAGCCUGGCCCGCCGCCAGCGCACCCGGGACCAGUGGCUGAAGCAGACGUUUGACGAGGCCGACAAGAACGGCGACGGCAGCCUGAGCAUCGGGGAGGUCCUGCAGCUGCUGCACAAGCUGAACGUGAACCUGCCGCGGCAGAGGGUGAAGCAGAUGUUCAAGGAAGCAGACACAGAUGACCACCAGGGGACACUGGGCUUCGAGGAGUUCUGUGCCUUCUACAAGAUGAUGUCCACCCGCCGGGACCUCUACCUGCUCAUGCUGGCCUACAGCGAGCACAAAGACCACCUGGACGCCGCCGACCUGCAGCGCUUCCUGGAGGUGGAGCAGAAGAUGACAGGCGUGACCCUCGAGAGCUGCCGUGACAUCAUCGAGCAGUUUGAGCCCUGCCCGGAGAACAAGAGUAAGGGGACCAUGGGCAUUGACGGGUUCACCAACUACACUCGGAGCCCCGCUGGCGACAUCUUCAACCCGGAGCACCACCGCGUACACCAGGACAUGACGUGGCCGCUGAGCCACUAUUUCAUCACCUCGUCUCACAACACCUACCUCGUGGGCGACCAGCUCAUGUCCCAGUCGAGGGUGGACAUGUACGCCUGGGUCCUGCAGUCCGGCUGCCGCUGCGUGGAGGUGGACUGCUGGGAUGGGCCUGACGGGGAGCCCAUUGUGCACCAUGGCUACACUCUGACCUCCAAGAUCCUCUUCAAAGACGUCAUUGAAACCAUCAACAAAUACGCCUUUGUCAAGAACGAGUAUCCAGUGAUUCUGUCCAUCGAGAACCACUGCAGUGUCGUCCAGCAGAAGAAGAUGGCCCAGUAUCUGACCGACAUCCUUGGGGACAAGCUGGACUUGUCAUCAGUUAGCAGCGAGGAUGCCACCACGCUACCCUCUCCACAGAUGCUCAAGGGCAAGAUCCUGGUGAAGGGCAAGAAGCUCCCAGCCAACAUCAGCGAGGACGCUGAGGAGGGCGAGGUGUCUGAUGAGGACAGUGCAGACGAGAUCGAUGAGGACUGCAAGCUCCUCAACGGGGAUGCCUCCACCAAUCUGAAGCGUGUGGAAAACAUUGCCAAGAGGAAACUGGAUUCCCUAAUGAAGGAGGCGAAGAUUCGGGACUGCGAAGACCCCAGUGACUUCACCGCGUCCACACUGCCUCCGCCUGGCAAACUCGGGCACACGGCAGAGGCCAAAAAGGUGGGAGCCCCGAGGCAGGCGGGGUCGGCCUGCAGCUGGGAGAGGGGCCGGAGCGUGAGGUUUCUGCAUAGCUGUGCACACACACCUGCACACACACACACCUGCCCCCCCCCAACCUGGCCACACACACAUACCUGCACACACACACACACCUGCACGCACACACCUACACCGCCCCUCCGGGCAGCCAGCCGGCGGGUGGGAGACAGCACUCCCCAGGGGGCGGAGGAGGGGGUGGGGGGUGGCCCCGUGGCUGUCCCUACCCCUCUGCCCUCCUUGGCCGGGCCUGGGGGGGCCUCGCAGCUCGCCCUUGAGCUCCAGGCUCCCUGCUCGGCGGUUCUGCUCAUUUCCUGGGCACUGGAGGAGUGUCGCACGGCACGUCGUGGGGAGCUGACACGGGCGCACGAGCAAGCGCUGUUCUCAGGCCUCUGCUCCCCGCACACUUCCUCCACGCCCCUCCCAUCUCCCUCCCUUCCAGGAAGGCGGCCUGGGGCCUCUGGGGGGAGCUGCCCAUCCCAACCCAGCCCCGCUGCCUGUCUCUCCUCCCAGGCCGAGGAGGCCGGAACCAGCAGACAGAACAGCCGGCUCCUCGCGCGCAGCGUCUCGAAGCGCAAGAAAAAGAGCAGCAAGCUGAAGAAGGCGGCCAGCGUGGAGGACGGGGACGAGGGCCCGGACGCCCCGGGCAGCCAGAGCCGAGGGGCCACCCGGCAGAAGAAGACCGUGAAGCUGUCCCGGGCCCUCUCAGACCUGGUCAAAUACACCAAGUCCGUGGGCAUCCACGACGUGGAGAUGGAGGUGGCGUCCAGCUGGCAGGUGUCUUCCUUCAGCGAGACCAAGGCCCAGCAGAUCCUGCAGCAGAAGCCGGCUCAGUACCUGCGCUUCAACCAGCACCAGCUCUCUCGCAUCUACCCCUCCUCCUACCGAGUGGAUUCCAGCAACUACAACCCGCAGCCCUUCUGGAACACCGGCUGCCAGAUGGUCGCCCUGAACUACCAGUCGGAGGGGCGGAUGCUCCAGCUGAACCGGGCCAAGUUCAGCGCCAACGGCAGCUGUGGCUACGUGCUCAAGCCCCAGUGCAUGUGCCAGGGCGUCUUCAACCCCAACUCCGAGGACCCUUUGCCCGGUCAGCUCAAGAAGCAGCUGGUGCUUCGGAUCAUCAGUGGACAGCAGCUCCCCAAGCCGCGGGACUCCAUGCUGGGGGACCGAGGGGAGAUCAUCGACCCCUUCGUGGAGGUGGAGGUCAUUGGGCUCCCCGUGGACUGCAGCAAGGAGCAGACGCGCGUGGUGGACGACAACGGAUUCAACCCCAUGUGGGAGGAGACCCUGGUGUUCACGGUGCACAUGCCUGAGAUAGCGCUGGUGCGCUUCCUCGUCUGGGACCAUGACCCCAUUGGGCGUGACUUCAUAGGCCAAAGGACGCUGGCCUUCAGCAGCAUGAUGCCAGGCUAUCGGCACGUGUACCUGGAGGGGAUGGAAGAGGCCUCCAUCUUUGUCCACGUGGCCGUCAGUGACAUCAGUGGUAAGGUCAAGCAGGCUCUGGGCCUAAAAGGCCUGUUCCUCCGAGGCCCAAAGCCCGGCUCCCUGGACAGUCAUGCUGCUGGGCGGCCCCCGCCCCGGCCCUCUGUUAGCCAGAGGCUCCUGCGGCGCACGGCCAGCGCCCCAACCAAGAGUCAGAAGCCAGGCCGCAAGGCCUUCCCAGAGCUGGUCCUGGACCCGCAGGACCUGGGCUCUGAGGGGGAGGCCAGCGACGCGGCACCUUCCAGCCCCAGCCCCGCUCCCGAGGCCCCGGCCCCGGAGGAGCUGGGCAGCCGCAGCCCUCGAGACGCCCACCCCUUCUCCUCCCUGUGCAGCCUGGAAACCAUUGCUGAGGAGCCAGCCUGGGGUCCUGGCCCCCCACCGCCGGGGGCCGUCUCCCCCAGCCACGCCCCUGGAGGGCCCCAGUGCUCUGCGGGGCCCGGCACCAGCUCGGCGAGCCCCCCAAGGGUGGCUCUGGGAGCUUCCGGGCCCCUCCAGCUCGGGACCGGGAGCCAAGGGAACGCUGAGCCAGCCCCUGAAAGCAGGCAGUCGGCGUGCCACGGCGGGGGCCCUGCUGGGGCCUGCAAGGGCGCCCCCGGUAGCCAGACGGACGGCAGGGGCCACCCCCGGGCUCUGGGCCACGUGCUCAGAAGGGCCAGGAGCGAGGGGCAGGUCCCCUCGGAGUCCCUGGGUGGACGGUGGCCCCUGGCCAGGCCCCGCCCCGUCGUGUCCUUGGAUGCCACUGGCGGUGACCAGCUAUGGCAGGCGCUGGAGCCAGGCAGCCACUGUGGCAGCGUGUCCCCGUCCUCCAGCCUGUCGUCUGGUGACACGGCCAUCGACCUCUCCCUGCAGGGCCUGGGCUUGGGACUUGACAGCCUCCCGGGGGCCCCGGCGGGACGCCUGCCCCUGUGGCCCUGCUUGGCCUCCGCCACCUGCCUGGACCUGCCCGCUGUGACCAAGAGCAAAUCCAACCCCAACCUGCAGGCUGCUGGCCAGCUGCCUGUGGAGCCUGACGAGCUGCAGCCCCGCCCCCUGGCCCCAUGGCCACCCUGGGCCCACCACCCCCUGGUGGGCCUCCCGGACUGCACUGUGGCUGCCAAGUCCAAGAACCUUGGGGACCUGACCGUGGACGACGUUGCACCCGCGUGGAGAGCCCGGGCCGUGGCCUGGGCCUGGCCGGGGGAGAGGCCGGCAGGGCGGGGGGCGCGGCUGGACGCCCCGACGGAGCAGCUGCGCAGGCUCACGGGGUUCCAGCAGGCUGGGGGCAUCACGUUGCCCACCAGCGGGGGCCCGGCUGGGGAGGGGGGGGCAGCGGGGGCCCCCGGCUUCCUGCGGCGUUCCUCCUCCCGCAGCCAGAGCCGUGUGCGCGCCAUCACCAGCCGGGCCCAUCGGGCCCGGGAGCGGCAGCAGCGGCUGCAGGGCCCGAGGGGCUCCCCAGAGAAGGAGCGGGGCACCCCUGAGGGCGCCUGCUGCGUGGGCCAAGAGGGCUGUGGGGAUGUGCCGGCCCCCGCCAAGGGCACCACCAACCAGCUGUCAGGUGCUGCCGCCACUGGCCUCCUGCUGCAGCCCAGGGCUAGGCGGGGCCCGCGUUUGCUCAGGUUGCGGAGCUGCUGCCCCCGAGGCUGCCGCCUGUCCGGUGUGGCUGUGCCCCUCGGCCCUGCCCCUCCUCCUGGGAGGAAGGAGCCCACCCUGGGGCAGGGCAGAGUUUUCACGAUCUUUUAAGAUCCACGUACACAUAGAAAGAUACUUAAAUUUUUAGAGGCAAAGCUUCUACAAUAAGAAAAUGGUGCCGUGUCCUUUUCCACUUUCCCCUGGUUUCAGCCGCGGGGCGUGUGCGGGCGCGCGUCUGCCGGGCCCUGCCAUGCGAGGCGCCCAGUGACCUGGAGCGUGGCCUCCCCGGCCCGACUGCUGGCUUGUUCUGCACACACUGCUCUGUACGGGACAUUGUAGACUCUUGUAAACUCCUGA